CUGCUUGGAAGACAUCAAUUCAGAAACACAAAUAUAAAGCGGAGAGGAAAAACGCCGCAUGACAUUGCAGCACUAAAUACCAUAAUACAAGGACCAAGAAUCUAUUCGAUAUCGGAUGCAGCCCUGCUGCAUUCAUGCCAAGCUUACCUCGGGGUGCAUACUUGAGCUCUUAAAAGCCUGUGCAUCCUCCUCCUCUCUAAUGUCUUUACGUCAUAUGGCAGAUUCUGAGCAAGCUGUGCGUCCGCGAUGCAUCUACGUCACACACUGUAUUUCCCCCAGCAGCAUCAGUUUUCCAGCUCCUCCUCUCCUCGCUGUGACCGCAAAUUUGACUCCUCGCUCGUGCCCUAAACGUGUUGCAUUCAUGCGAAGGGACGCGCGCGGUUAAUUAGAGGAGGGCAGCGGUGAGGCAGACAGCAGCGACAUGACCGAGCUGGUGGUGCGGACCCUUCCGUCUCCUUCAGGUGUGCAGGGUCCCGGGCCGGACACUUAUAAAGGAUGGCUCUUUAAAUGGACUAACUACCUGAAGGGUUACCAGCGCCGGUGGUUCGUCCUGAGCAACGGCCUCCUGUCGUACUACAGGACUCAAGCAGAAAUGGCACACACCUGCCGAGGCACGAUUAGCUUGGCGGCGGUGCACAUAGAGGUGGGCGACACCUGUCACUUUGUGCUGACGAGUGGGGGGCGGAGCUACCACCUGAAGGCGUAUUCAGAGGGCGAGUGUCAGCGCUGGGUCUCUGCUCUGCAGCAGGCCAAAGCAUACGCCACUCAAAUGAUGCCCCAUUCAGACGACUCUGGAGACGAGGGUCCACUAGCCCAGCCGGACCGUGCUCUGGUCCAAGGGGCGCUCAAGACUCUGGCCAGCAAGCUUGAAGACCUCAGCACCUGCAACGAGCUGAUCGGGAAGCACGGCGCGGCCCUCCAGCGCUCCCUCAGUGAACUGGAGGACCUGCGGGCCCCCAGCGACGGCGCAGAUAAACUGAAAUCCGUCAACGAGCGAGCCACUCUCCUCCGCAUCACUUCCAAUGCUAUGAUCAAUGCCUGCCAGGACUUUGUGGAUCUAGCGGAGGCACACAGCCGGCGGUGGCAGCGCGCGCUGCAGUAUGAGCGGGAACAGCGCCACCACCUGGAGGAGACUAUCGAGCAGCUAGCCAAACAACACAACAGUCUGGAGAGAGCCUGGAGAGAAUCGCCCAGCACACACGAUAAAGGUGCAGAGGGGACACUGGAGGGAGAAUCCAGUGAAGAGAAUGAAGACAUAGAGUUCUUUGAUGCCAUGGAAGAUUCUCCGGCCUUCAUCACAGUACCUGCAGACGAUCACUCACAACACAGACACUUGAGCAGUAAUCAGAACGUGACCAGUGGAAGUUUAUCCAGAAAUUGGAGCCAGGAUGACAAUAACGGUUCUGGUAGCUACUUGCGCAGGGGCAGACGCUGUCGUAUCCCAGAUAAGCCCAACUACUCCCUGAACCUGUGGAGCAUCAUGAAGAAUUGCAUUGGAAAGGAGCUCUCUAAAAUCCCCAUGCCUGUGAACUUUAACGAGCCGUUAUCAAUGCUGCAGCGCUUGACAGAGGAUCUUGAAUACAGCGAGCUCCUGGACCGGGCGGCACGCUGUGACUCCUCUCUGGAGCAGAUGUGUCUGGUGGCUGCCUUCUCCGUUUCGUCCUAUUCAACCACCGUCCACCGCACAGGGAAACCCUUCAACCCCCUGCUGGGAGAGACCUAUGAGCUGGACCGUGUGGAGGAGUACGGAUACCGCUCCAUCUGUGAACAGAUAAGUCAUCACCCUCCGGCGGCUGCCCACCAUGUGAUAUCACAGCGAGGCUGGACCCUGUGGCAGGAGAUCACCAUCGACAGCAAGUUUCGUGGCAAAUACAUCUCCAUCAUGCCGCUAGGCAACAUUCACCUGAAGUUCCACUCCAGUGGGAAUCAUUAUGUGUGGAGUAAGGUGACCUCCACUGUGCACAAUAUAAUCGUGGGCAAACUAUGGAUAGAUCAAUCUGGGGACAUUAUAAUCAUGAACCACAGGAACAAGGACAAAUGCCACCUCAAGUUCUCCCCAUACAGCUAUUUCUCCAGGGAUGUUCCCCGCAAGGUAACAGGCGUUGUGAUGGAUGCUGAAGCCUGCACCCACUACAUUCUCUCCGGAACGUGGGAUGAUAAAAUGGAAAGUGCAAAGAUCAUAGAAAGCAGCCACGGCUCUGGAGGAUCUGAAGGCAAACAGAAAACUGUCUAUCAGACUCUACCUCCAAAACUAAUGUGGAAGAAAUACCCUCUGCCUGAGAAUGCAGAGAACAUGCAUUACUUCUCUUCUUUGGCUUUGACUCUGAAUGAGCCGGAAGAUGGCGUUGCCCCAACAGACAGCCGCUUACGGCCCGACCAGCGGCUGAUGGAGGCGGGCUUGUGGGAUGAAGCUAAUACUGAGAAACAGCGUCUGGAGGAGCGUCAGAGACUGGAGAGGAGGAAGAGAGAGGCGCAGGCCAACCUAGCACUAGAAGAGGGUAAGGAGGCCGAGAGCUACCAGCCCUUGUGGUUUGAGAAAAGGACUGAUACAGAGACGGGUGAGAGCAGCUACGUGUAUAAAGGAGGCUACUGGGAGGCCAAAGACAGACAGGACUGGAGUCAGUGCCCUGCCAUCUUCUGAAGCCUCUCUUCCAUACCAGGAGCAGCUGGCCAUUCCAAGUCAUCCUGUAUUAGGAAAAGCUGCUUUCUAAUGUUUCCCAUUCCAAGGAGUUUCGAAGAUGUGGAAUAUGCCAAUUCCAAGGCACCCAUAUGUGUUCAUAUAUGCAUCUUAAUUUGGUGUGCAUUCAUGGGGGCGUUGAGACACCUGUACUGUAGCAGGCAUAAUUCACAUUGCAUGGAAAACCGUUCUAAGCACAAUAGAUGGAGGCACUUUAUAAAUAAAUGUAUACGAUGAUGAUCUGGGGAAUGCAACACUUCACCAGGGAAAAGAGUCUUCCUCAAAGCUGAUUUAUACCCUGAUUUUUAACCGUUUCAGGUCAACCGUAUGAUAUCCAUGAGAACAGACAUUCAAAGCACAUGCUACUUUUGAAGAAUGAAGACCGAAUGCCCUCAAGACUGUGUUCCUGCAUUGAGCUGUAGUGUAGAUGAGGUGUUGUGUAGUUUCAAUAGUGCAAACAUGCUCCAUAAACAACCUAGAUAGAGUCCGGAUCAGUAUAUUGAUGUUGCUUCAACAAAAUAACAAUUACCAAGGCUUAGAUAUUUAAUGCCAGAAUUUGUUUUUAGCUGCCCAUUUAGUUAUUUAGCACAAGCGUAAUGUAAAUGUCAUUGUGUAGGUGAUGAAUUACGGCUUAAUGGAAAUUCUCUAUAUAGAGUCAUGGCUAAAUGUUUGCAAACACGCUAAAAAAAUCAAACUAUCAAGCAUUUAAUUAUUUAAAUAGAUGAAUUAAUACUUGCACAUUGCUCUAUUAUAUGACUUUUGAAAUGAUUAUGCAAAUAAAGCAUGCACUUCAACAGAUAUGCUCAUAUAUUUGUUUAACACUCACAGGUAUCAGUUCACAUUUUAGGGUGUUUUGCAAACCUUUGGCCUUGACUAUAUUGUUAAUAACUAGCAUUUUGUGGUAGCAAUACUUUCUAGUUUCCAGUAUUAGCUGCUUAAGCACAUUUACACUACAUACAGUUCACCAUUAAACAGUGGUCUGGAAUACUGACCGUAAACUGUAACCAAUAUGAGGCUGAAGGCUCAUGUUUGGCAUUAAAACAUUCAGAAAAUUAGCAGACCACUGUUAUGUACACUCAAAAUGAGGUUAUACCAUGUCAGAACUAUGUAAGUAUACAAUGUAAAGGCCUGACUGAUAUUUACUGUCUGUGUUUGAGUUUUUCAACUGAAAGAAAGUGCCCUCGGAGAAGGUUUUGAGAUCAGCUCCAGAAACACUGCAAAACUGACACUUCCCAGUGUACACAGUAUUAACCUGAUGUAUUGAAACCUUAAAAAGCGGACUAUUUUAACAAGAUAAAUUGAAUAAUUAUGAUGCUGAUAUAUAUUAACGCUGAAAGUUUCAGUGUUUCAGGAUGCUGCAUUCCAAGGACUGUCUACAUUUUUCACUAGAUGAUGUAAAUUUGCAGUCUUGGUUGUUUUAUAUAAUCUGAAUGUAUCGUAUUUUAAAAGAAGGAUAUUGAGAAUAAUUACAUGUGCAAUAUUUCAAGGUUUAUCAAUGGUGUUGUUCAGCUAUGUUGGUUUGUUUUGAAGCAUUUCAGUUUCAUUGACGCCAACGUACUUUAGCAGUGGAUCAUAAUUAAUUUUUACCUUGAAAUAUCAGUUUCAGAAUCGUUCUAAGUCAUCUUUCACUGAUAU